UGGAACGGCUCAAGAAUAAAGAGCAAUGUCAGCAGAGUGCUGUGGCCAGUAGUGUGGUGAAAAAGAAGCUGCAGCAGAUGAUCUUUGAGAGGAUGGAAAGGGAUUUGGGUCGUGACCUCAACAUGUAUGUCCAUCCCGCUCCAGCUGAGUAUACAAAGAACUCACCAUGCUGUCACACUGUGACCCGUUACCUCAGGAGAACAGCCUCAGAGCCAAUUCUGAAAGUGAAACCGAAGAGGAAUCUGAUCACCAGGCCUAAUCCACUGCAACGCAAGACCAGUGCUCCUCCUUCCUUCAGAUGUGGAGACUCAGACUCACUGGUUCCAGAUAUAACUUCCAACAGUGGUAGCCCUGAGUCCUGGUCCAGCUCACCCACUGAAGACCAGUCAGAUACUGGAGGGUCAAAUGAGGUCGCUAUAGAAGACUGGAGCACAGGGCCAGUGGCUAUGAUCUCUUCCCCACUGACACAUUUCCCAGUGGAGACUCCUCCCCUCUCACCUCAGUUACAACCAGUACUCCUCCUGGGACAGUCUGGACUGGUGCCCUUGGGGAAGGCACUUAACCCCCAACUGCCCCCCGGACGCAGGCGUGCUGCCCACGGCUCCUGCUCCUGGUGCUACGGCCCAGACUGGCAGAUAUUCCAUCCUUAG